AUGUUGCACUUUCUAGAUGAUAUGAUCUUAGGCUCUUCUUUCUAUACAUCUUAUAUCAAUACAAAAUUCGACCAAAAUAUAGAUUAUUUGGAAUAUGUACCUCAGAUAUCUUCUUCAACAACAGAACACUAUUUACAGGAUAACUCAAAUCUAAUAAAUUUCAUUAAAUAUAUAAACUCAGAUCCUGAUUACAAGUAUGGCAAUCAGUUUCUUUACACUAGAUUACAAAAUAUAUGCUGGCGAAGAAUUUUCAAGAAUCAUAAGAACUUACCUGACUUGAAUCCAUUGAUUAUAAAUUGGGAUAAGAAUUCUGAUAUUACUUGGUUAUUUGGUCCAAGAGUAGAACUUGACUUACCGGCAGUAGCAACGUCAGCAGCAUCAUCGCUAGCCAAAUCUUCAAAACAAGAGGGGAAAACAUUUAUAACUACAAAAAGCCAAAAUCAAUAUUCUCUACAACAACACAUUCCAAUACAAAAAUCGGUUAAAGCUAAUAAUGAAGAUGAAGACGAGGAUAAAAUAUCUGUAUCGUCUUAUGAUUCAGAUUCAUCAAUGGAUUCACAAUAUAGCCAAGAUUUCAUCCACACUUCAGCAGCUUCUCUUCCAAUUAGAAAAGAUUCAAGUUGUUCUAUAACAUCAUCGUAUUUUGAAGAAGAAGUAGAAGAUGACGAAGAAAAACAACCUGUGGAUGAAAUAACAGUUCCCGCCGUGAAGUCAAUAUUGAAGAAACAGAGCACAAACAUCAGUGAUGACGGAGGAGCCAUCAAGAGUAAGAAGGAACAAAAAAAAGUAGUUUCCUUUAAUUAUAUUAUAAAUACGCGAGAGAUUAUUGAUAACAUAUCACUAGAUUAUAACUUUUUGGAUAAAAACUGUAUCUGA